AAAAGCAAGUUGCAACUUUGAACUUGCAGUAAUUUUGCCACUCAAAGCGAUCCUGUUGUUUUGAAUCCCUGUCAAAGGUUAGCAUUAGAGAGGAUGCUUCCACAAGCACAAAAUUAAGCACCGGGCGUCCUCCCAUUCACAGGACUGAGCAAACAAGCUGUUUAUUGUUCUUGGCACCAGUGUGUUAUGCGAGCUCAGCACGAGACCAAAAACACUGCCGCUGACGUCACUGGGAGUCAGCUGUGAGCAGCGUGCUGCUAGCCGGACAUCAUGGUGAGCCUCUGUGGUGUUUUCGCGUUUAGUAAGGCAUAAUUAGGGCAGCUGCUAAUUCUCUGUGGUGUAAUUAGCUGUCAUGUGUUUUUUUUAAAGAAUUCCCUGUUCAAGUUUUAAUAUUAUUUUAUGAUUCCGCAGUGCCGUCUGCUUGGCAUUAGCUUGUUCUCAAACUUCACUGGCUAGCUUUCUGCAACACUUCAGUCAUGCGAGUUAUCCGAUAGCUGGCGAAAACUAAUACAACAGGGAUGUUAAAUAAGAGUCAGCGCUGUUAACUUUCAGCCUAACUUCAGUUAUCAGUCGUACGCAGGGUAGUGUUAACAAGUAAGAUAAGAAAACUGGAAAGUUGGGAUAACGUUAUCGCUACAUGUUCAAACGAAAAACAGUAAAUGUUAAUGCAGGCUAUUUAAAACAUUAGCGGCCAUCACACAUGCACGUUAUUACUUUUGUUUGCUAGCUUAACCAGCCUAAUUGAUACCCUUCCAAAUUGAAUUUGAUUUCUUGAAACACUGAUGUGCUGUGUGUAGCAAGCCAGUAAAUAUUAAUAUGGACUAUAUACACUUACCGGCCACUUCACUUACUAGUACCGGAUUGGACUCCCUUUUGUCUUUAGAUCUGCCUUAAUUCUUCAUGGCGUGGAUUCAUCAAGGUGCUGGAAACAUUCCUAAUAGAUGUUUGUCCAUAUUGACAUGACAUCAUCCCACUGUUGCGGUUCCUGUUCCACCACAUCCUAUAUGUGCUUUAUUAAAUUGAAGUCUGAAUGAAGAUGAAGCCUGCCGUGCCGCUUCUCCUCCUGGCCCUGCUCGCUGUCCCAGGGCUGAGCCAAGCCCAACUCGGGAACUCUUUCCUGGAUUUCUCCUGGAUCCUUCCCAGUCUCAGUCGGCCGGCGAACCACAGCCGCAUCUUCUACGCGGUGAUGUUUGAUGCAGGGAGCACGGGGACACGCAUUCAUGUCUACACCUUCAUCCAGAGCGACUCAGAGCAGCUCCCCAUGUUGGACAAUGAGAUGUUUCAUUCCAUAAAGCCUGGCUUGUCGGCAUAUGUCGACGUCCCUGAAACGGCUGGACAAACAGUGAGGAUGCUGUUAAAGGUAGCCAAGAGGACGGUGCCUCGUGUGGAGUGGAAGAGAACUCCUUUGGUCCUCAGAGCCACGGCUGGACUUCGGCUGCUGCCCGCACAGAAAGCUCAGGCUCUUCUGGACCAGGUUCAACACGUGUUUGACGAAUCUCCUUUUUUGGUGUCAGACGACGGCGUCAGCAUAAUGAACGGCAAAAACGAAGGACUCCUGGCUUGGAUAUCGCUGAACUUUCUAACAGGUCACCUGAAAGCGCGAAGCAAGAAGACAGUGGGAAUAUUGGAUCUGGGAGGAGGAUCAACGCAAAUCACUUUCCUGCCCAAACUGAGGAAAACCACUGAAAGUGCUCCUGCUGCUGACUACACUGCUAAGUUUGAUGUCUUAAACUCAACAUUUGAAUUGUACACUCAUAGCUAUCUUGGAAAUGGACUGAUGGCGGCACGAUUGGCCACACUGGGAGCUCUGGGUGCAGAAGGGUUGGAGUGGCAGGUUUUUAAAAGUUCCUGUCUGCCAAAGAAGUUCAGGGAUGAAUGGAGCUUUGGAGGUCUAACCUAUCAAGUGAGCGGGGACCCAGAUGGUUACACAGGAUACAAGCUUUGUUAUCAGGAAGUACUUAAGGUGGUGAAGGGGAUUAUUCAUCAGCCGUACGAGCUUGAAGACUCCAAUGUUUUUUAUGCAUUCUCCUAUUACUUUGACAGAGCUGUGGAUGCGGGCCUUAUCGAUGAGGUCCAUGGAGGGAUGCUGGAGGUCAGAGACUUCAAGAAGAGAGCCAAGGAGGUGUGCAAUAAGAUGACCAAGUACCCUCCCAUCCACCCUUUCCUGUGUAUGGACAUGACUUACAUCACUUGUCUACUGAAGGAUGGGUUUGGCUUUAAAGAGAACACAGUUUUGCAGCUAACCAAGAAAGUGAAUAACGUGGAGGCUAGCUGGGCACUGGGUGCUACAUUGGAUCACUUCCACUACCUGAAGAUUCACUGAGAAGUGAGGAGCGUACACUGACAACGAGAAGCUGAUUUUAGGUGGCGCUCACUAACCACACUCAAGUAAUGUGCACUACCUUAUCUAAGAGCAGCAGACAGCUGGUGUUGGUUUUAUAAGGGCAGAACUAACCUCAUGAGUAAUUCUUAAUUUCUUUUAAAAAGCAAUUCUUCUUAAGUGUUAAUAUAUUGAGCUAUAUAUGAGCAAUGCAUUGCCCCACUCGGAGAACAAGUGAAGCACAAGAGGCUGAAUGAAACAUUUUACCAAUAACACACUCUGUUAAUGCACCUCUGGGGAUUAGUGGAUAUAGAAUUUAUUCGAGAUAGAUGUUUUCUAUUUUACUAAGGCUGAUAAACAGAGAGGCCUGGCUUGUUAAGUCAUGUAAUACCAGCAUUUACAUGCAGCAUUUGAUUAACUGUGCUUGAGUGGUUUUUAAUGUUAAGUGUUUCGUUAUUAGUCAAAAGAAUAAUGGCUAUAAUGGGUGUCUGGUACAUUUAAAUUUAACUUAUCAGCCGUUGAGGUUUUGGGGUACUUAUUUUUCAUUAACAACCAUCACUGCAUUUCAGUGUCUACAAUGAUGAAGCACAUAAGCAUUCCUGGUCAUUAUAGUUUCAUAAACUAGCAAAACCCGUCUCAGUAUUUCUUUGGGAGUCUUUGUUCUCAAAAACACGAGGAAAAAAAAAUGUUUGUACAAACUUUGCCAUUUCACGCUUAUUAAAAUAAAACCAUCACUGGUUGCUAAUUACAAAUAUCUACAAGGGUCUACAGGUCUGAAAGUCAUCUUUUUACAGAUACAUAUCUAUAUGUAGUCCACUGUGGCAGUCAGCCCAGUGCUGCUGCAACACGCAGUGUGCGAUGUUUGUUGUGAAGGUGGACUACAGCAGAGCAACUACAUCUUCUCCAUAUGCAUGGCCCUCCGUUGUCAUGGUCACCAGUUCAUGCGGUUGAGAGAGAACUACCACAGAGUCUGCAGAGCCUACACAAACACAAAGGAAAGUUCAAAGAGGAUGUUAUUCACCCUGUAUGUAUUUAAAAUAACAUGAAGGUGCAGACAUUGUAAAAUCAAACCAAGCACUUUCAGCCUUUGUGCUGAUGAAGCCGUUCUGGAAUUUCUGCAAUACAUACAAGUUGUAUGCAGCUGGGAUGUUUCCAGGCUUCCCAGCCACACGUCUGAACUACAUCACCUGGCUCUUCAGUGUUCAAAUAAUUUUAAUUUUAUUUAUAUCGCACCAAAUCACAACAACAGUCACCUCAAGGCACGUUAUAUAGUAAGAUAAAGAGCCUUCAGUAAUAGAAAAACCCAAAAAUCAGACCGCGAGAAUGAAAAACUCCCUUUUAGUAAAGAGAGUAAAAAAAAACAACCCCACAAGUAGAACCAGACUCAGGGAGGGGGGAGUCAUCUGUUGUGACUGGCUGGGGAUCAGGGGAGAGAGACCGGACAAAUAAAGAGAUCCAGAGAUGAAUAAGAACUAAUGAUUAAAUGUAGGAUGUGUAUAAACAUAGAGUGAAAAAGAAACAGUGCAUUAUGUGAAGCCCCCAGGAGCCUCGACCUAUUGCAAAGGUCACCUGAUCCAGACGUAACUAUAAGGUUUAUCAAAAAUAGUGUUAAGUUUGAUCUUUAAAGCAGUGAGUCUGUCUCAUAAAUUCAAGCUCCUUCCACAGAAGGAUGGAACAAGCUCUUAUAUUUUGGAUAAACAGUUGAAAGCUACGGUUGGCACCGACACUUUGGUCAUUGCUUAUGUGAACUAUGUCAUCAACACAGUCCCAUAACCAUUUACACAGGCGCUUGAAUCGCAGUCUUUUCUUGUUUACCAAGU